CCCACCUCCCCCGGGCCUGCCCCCUGCGCAAAGCCAGCGGCGGCCGUCGGGCCGCCAGCAGGCGCAGUGCGCGGGCUCGGGUGGUGCGUGAGUGGUGGCGACCGAAGCCAUGGUGGUGGAGAGGGGAAUCGGCGCUCCUGGGACGGGCCUGGGGCUCCGUCUUGGCAACCACAGCGUCAAGCGGCUGGAGACAUUUCUGAUGUGCUCUGCUUCAAAUGUGGGCGCAAGGGCCACUUUCAGAUCAUGUGUGAGUUCGAGCCGUUGUGGUUUGUGUGCAAACAGGAGGGGCACACCUCGAAUCAGUGUCCGGCUCGCUAGGCCAAACCUGAGCUGGUGAUGUAUGGUUUCGGGGUGAAAGGACAAGGCUUUUACCUGCUAGAAGGAGGCGUGGAAGAGGAGAUUCAACUGCCUGCAAAUGCUGCCUCCGUGGUUUUCACAGUAGGAGAAGCUUCUGAAGAAUCCCUCCGCGUGGAUCUGAAUGAUAUGUGGGACUCGGAUUGGGAUUGGCAAGUGACUGAAGUACGCAAGAACUGCUUCUCUGUGGUGUACCCAUCCAAGGAUGUACUGCGGAUGGCCAAGAAAAGUGGUACCAUCACCCUCCCAAUCAGUGAACACAAGGCCGAGGUGGGUGAGCCGUUUAGCGAAGCCCACGCUCUCUCUAACUUCCAGGAAUGGUGGGUGAGAGUGACUGGGAUCCCAGACAAGCUUCGACAGGCCCCGCUUCUGAAAGAGUUCCUGAGGGUCGUGGGCAAGGUUGUGGUUAUUGAUGACCUCUCCAUCGUUCGGCCUGACAUGGGUUGGCUUCGGGGUGCUCCUGUCCGGGCCAAAAAUUGGUGCCGUGACCCGUCCACAAUCAAUGGGCUCUUUGAAAUCUUUCGCGGCUAGCACGGUUUCAUGAUGAGGGUGGAGCGUGAGGUUGGCGCCCUCUUGCCCACCAUUCGCCUCCUCCACCCCCCUCGCCCUCGCACGGAUCAGAUGGAUGAGGACCGAGAUGGAACGGAUGACUCGGCGCCAAGUUUGAACACACAUGACUGGGAUGCGGCGGGCGCUAAAUCAGGGAAAGCAACCGAGGGUGACAAUUCAACGGUGGUGGCUUCCUCAGGAGUGUCAGGGCGCCAACCACCUCUCUGCGUCCCUGAUGUGGUGCUUUAUGAUACCUCAGUGGAACCUAUGCCGGCUGUGCGCCUGCCUCCGGUGGACACGUCGCGUAUGCUGCGACAGGAGAUGGGCGAGACGCCUAUUGGGGUGGACUAGUACGGGUCUAACAUGUCAACGGUCGCUCUGCUCAAGGCUUCUACAAUCGCGGAGGAGGUUCAAGAGGUCUCUCCGGUGCGGGAUCGCGGGGGUUUGCGUCCGGUUGUCUCCGGCAUCACGGCCGCCGACUCCCCCAUCCCUAGCGCUACCUCUUCCCCUCGCUCAGAUACCCCCUGCUCAUCCCCUCCGCUGCGCUCGGCGGCCUUCAUCACGCCUUCUCCAGCAGGGGCUGCCAGGGGGAGAGCUUCGGGAGUGGAUCCAGUGCAGCUGACAGACCGAUUUGAGGGAGAGGACUUCAUUGAAAACCUAAUGCCGGUGGAAGAAUGUGUGGCUGCAUUUGAGGCGAUUCGAGAUGAGGGGGAGCGGCUCCAGACCCCUACGCGACCAAGGACCGAUGCAAAACCCUCCUCCCCAAUGCGCGCGGCUAGGACGAGCACCAGGGUGGUUUCUUCCAAGGCGUCGAAGAUGAUGGAGAAGGCAAUGACCCUUAAGGUCGGCAAGCAUAUUCAAGCUGUGGAAAUUGUUGGCAAGGCCACAGGACAGAGGGCACGUGGAGGAGCUCGUCACAAGAGUGCGGGCAAGGUGCACUGAGCUUCGGAGAGCGACCUAAAAGCGAACACUGACGUUGACGUCUCCAGCUACCUCGACAGCCUUAAUCUCUUUUGCUGCUUAAACGCGCUGCGUCGCGUUAGCUGGCUUUGGCCAUGUAUCCCUUUUUCGUUUCUCCGCUUUACUGUGCUUGAACCUGGUUUGUACUCUAAGGGCCUCAGUUUAAGGCCGGGCAGAUGCCUCCUUUCUAAAAAAAUGGAAUAUCCAUUCUGGCCCGGUAUUCAUCACCUUUUCAACAUCCGGGAUUGACCAACACUUGUCCAUUGCUCGCUAGAGAGACAUAGCCAGGGGGCAUCUACAUAGGGCAUGGAAAGAAUCGAUGUGGUGGUUUAUUAUAUGUAUUUUUUGAAACAAGACAAAAGACUGCCAUUUUCAUUGAUUAAAGAAGAAGAUUUAGACAAAACACGCCAAGCAGGGAAACAAAACAAAUACUCUCGCGACAUUACAAUACUCAAUUGUGUAGCCCCAGCCAAGGCCCAAAGCCUGGCCUCCUCCUUGAUCUUUGAGAUAAUCACCAUCAUCGGGGCACUAAGGUUGCGAACGACUCUAGCAUCCCACGUAACAAAGCAUCAUCAAGGAGGAGAUGGACUUCCAGUGUUGGCCCCUCAUGCUAGCCAUAUCGAUCCACCAGUCCUUACGCAGAGGACGUCGAGCACUCCCCAUUAGCAGGGAAUUUCCAAGUAAUGGUGUCCUAAAUUCCUUGGAUGAGGCAAAUAUGAGUGAACUUUUCCCAAAGGGUGACAAACUCCCGGAUGUGCUCCAUUGACAAGCCUUGGUGAGUGUCAAUCUGUGUCAGGACCCCGAUUCUAAGUCACACCGAUCAAGCAUGUAACACCUCAUAUCACUUUGCGGCCUCAC